UCCCACUUUUUACCCACUUACCACUCGAUGAUAGCGCCCCUCUAAAAAAAUACCCUGAAUCUUGAUCUUUCAGCCUUCUUUCCUUCCUCUUUAACUUUAACUCUAUCCUGUCUACUCCGUACCGCACAGGAUACAGGAUACGUGAGUAUUGUUCAUCCAAGAACCCUAUCCCCCCCCGUCUUCAAUUCAUUAUCAAAUCCUAGACAAAUUCGAUUUCUUCCUGCGAUAUUUCAAGUCACGAGUUGAUCCAAGUUUAAGUUUAAUUGAGGAUCAUUCUUUCAUUCAUUCAUUGGAAAGGAAGGGAGGAAGAAAGCUUGGUUUGGAGCAUUUGGAGAAUCAUCGAGAACCUUUCUCGACUCUUUUCUAUAUUUUAGGUUGUCACUUGUUAUUUGCAAAAUCAACAGCAGCGAUCCAUCCUCGACCGGACAGUUUGCCUGGAUCAUCUUCCUGCCGUGUCAAAUCCGACAACCACAACCUCAUUACCAUACGGGAUUCGACUCGAUGUCGCGAUGAUCAGAAACCAUGGCACACACUUCCGAUAGAUAGCAUACGUUUGGAUGUUGGAUAUUUGGGAGACAGAGAGUCAUUCACCCAAGGGACACAUACAUAAUAUCAUAGAAACAAAAGGAUAAAAGCUUUGCGCAUCGACCCAAAUGGUUGUCAAAGCAGCAUCGAGACCUUCACCAAGGUCUUCUCAUUCACACUCUCAUUCGCAAUCACACAAAACUUCUACACACCCAUCUUCUACUACUCCAAUAAUGAGUCCCGGAGGAAGAGUACCUGCAUCCGGAGGGCAGAAUGUCCGGUCCCCAGGUCCUAGAACCGAACGAGUUCGAAGUCCAAGUCCAAACUAUUUUGGACUAGUGGUUGAACCGUCAAGUAACCCCAGAGACUCUGACUCCGUUCCUAAAGCUAAUUGGAGUCCUACCACGUCUUCCAUAGUUAGUCUCACAUCCUAAUCAUCCCCCUGGUGAUGUCAUUCUAACUUUGGAUCUUUUAGUUCUCAUUUGGUGACGGCACACCAGAACAUGUACCCAUAAACACGAAUCCUGCCUAUGAGGCUUUCAAAAAGCAAUCAGAAUCCAAUAACGGUUUCAACCUUAGUCAUGGGGGUCUAGCAAACUUCUCAAUGUCACCAGGUCCUUCCUUAAUACGCGCAAAGAAUGAGAGAAAGACAUCUAAACUCGAUAGACAUGACAAUCCUCCGUCACCUAGAUCUGUUCCAAGGAAUAGGAAUACCCCUUCGUUAGACGGUGAUAUUGGUAAUGGAUCAGACUCAGCAUAUGUAUCUUCCUCGGAGCGCGCAUCUACUUCAUCUAUAAACGCUCCUUCAUUUUUCGAUCAACCCCGUCAAAUGUCACCCGCCAGUUUUCACUCUUCAAUGCCGGCUGUUCAGAGAAAUACCCUCUCACAUCUAGACGAAAGGCAUCCUAGACUCUCUCUACCCCAAAAUGCAGUAGACCCUCCGUCUCCAAGACCACAACCACGAAGUCAACAUCAGCGAGCGGAGACACUGCCAUCGAAUUUGGAAGAUGGGCCAGGCAUGAUUACCCCGAUAGAGUUAAAGGAAAUGAUGGAUCGCUCUCCUUCGAUAGAAGUAUUGUUACUCGAUUGUCGAACUUACAGCAUCUUCUCGCAAUCAAGGAUUGGGAAUGCCCUCAACUUGUGCAUACCUACAACCUUGUUGAAGCGACCUUCAUUUAAUCUUCAAAAACUUCAAGAUACUUUCACAAAUGAGGAGGAUAAAACCAGAUUCUCCAAAUGGAAACAAGCUAGAUAUAUUGUUGCUUAUGAUAAUAGAUCUUCAGAUAAGAAAGAUGCAGCAUUGGCUAUCAAUACAUUGAAAAAGUUUAGCAAUGAAGGUUGGAAUGGAGCGAGAUAUAUAUUGAAAGGUGGAUUUGAUGCAUAUGCUCAGAAUUUUCCAAAGUCCAUUGAUCGGGGUUCAACACAAUCCUCACAGCCAUCCCGAAUUAAUCUUACCCUUGGAACAACAUUACCAGGAGUUGCACCAGUAGCGGGUGGGUGUGCUAUGCCAGCAACAAAAAAUGCAGCAAAUCCAUUUUUUGGCAACAUUCGACAAAAUCAGGAUCUAAUGGAUGGUGUUGGUCAAAGAGAUAUUACGGUUCCGGAGAACUUGACGCGAGAUGCAUCUGUGAUGAAUAUCAUUCCUAGAUGGUUAUCAAAGGCUGCAAGGAAAGAGGAUCAUGGCAAGAUUGUUUCAGACAGAUUUCUUCACAUUGAGCAAGCAGAAUUAGCAAGGAUGACAAAGGCAUUAAAUCAAGGAGUUAGGUAUGGAAAUGGGCCAGAUGUUAAAUCUAAUGAUAUUCAGAUUGCCGGGGUUGAGAAGGGAAGCAAAAACAGAUACAACAAUAUUUGGCCAUUUGAGCAUGCUCGAGUUAAACUUCAAGGUCGUACGGAAGGGAUGUGUGAUUAUGUUAACGCAAGUCAUAUCAAGGCAUCAAGGAGCAACAAACGUUAUAUUGCUUCUCAAGGACCUUUGCCUGCAACUUUCGAGGUUAGUAUUAUCACUAGACCUUUCAUUGCUCCUGUUAUUAACAUAAACCUUAGGAUUUCUGGAGUGUGAUUUGGGACCAAGAUGUACGAGUCAUUGUCAUGUUAACAGCAGAGGCAGAAGGUGGACAAUUGAAAUGUCACUCCUACUGGUCUAGCCAUGAAUAUGGUCACCUCAAGCUCAAGAAGUUGUCAGAAAAGAAACUCUACCUUGAAUCCAAUCGAAGACGAAACUCUACAGACCGAUCAGAUUCUGGACGGAGGCGGGCAAGCACUACCACCCAAAAUACUCCUCCUUCACCUACAACAGAAGAUGCUCAUGUUAUCGUACGAACAUUUACACUUUCCCAUGCCGCCCAUCCUUUUACCCCAAUGCGAGAGAUUACCCAGGUACAUUAUUCCUCCUGGCCAGAUUUUGCUUCCCCUGCAAAACCUAGUCAUCUUUUAGCUCUCAUCCAUCUCGCCAAUUCUAUACAACGUGCAUCCUCAUCCGUUACCGAAGUUUCUCGUCUAAGUGAUCCAGAACCAGAAAUCACUCGACCAAUGCUUGUUCAUUGUAGUGCAGGUUGUGGUCGAACGGGUACAUUCUGCACCAUUGAUUCCGUCAUUGAUAUGUUGAAGCGACAACACAAAGAACAAAAACAUGGAACCACACCCAUGGAAUUUGAUUCUACAAAUGAUGAUGGAUACUUGGGACAUGGAAAGAUAAAUACACAAGCGGAUAUGGAUUGGGUCUUUGAUCAGGAUACGGAUUUGGUGGAGAAGACGGUGGAGGAUUUUAGAGGUCAAAGACUUAGUAUGGUGCAAAAUUUAUUGCAAUAUGUUCUCUGUUAUGAAACGGUAUUAGAGUGGAUUGCACAACAGGUGGGGAAUAAUGGUUGGGGAGGUGGAAAUGGGAAUGGAAAUGGGAAUGGAAGUGUAGGGUCUAGGGGAAAUGGAAAUGGAAAUGGCAAUGGCAAUGGCAAUGGCAACGGAAACGGAAACGGAAACGGAAAUGGAAAUGGAAAUGGAAAUGGAAAUAGAGAUAGAAGUGGUAGUGUGGUCGAAGCUCAUUUUUAGCGUUUGUAGCGUUUGUAGCGUUUGAAAGCAUUUGAACCGUUAAGAGUUAAGAGUUAAUUUAUAAAUAAUCAACUCACUUAUAUCU